AUGGAUCAAACUGCCAUUGAAUCUACAAAUUUCAUCUCAAUUCCGAAUGUGAAUCCAGAUCACCUGACAAAAUCUACUGGAUCCCUUACAUCAUCUGUCCUCCGACAAGGGCAUCCGGGACAUGGCAAAGGCUGUGACCACGUGACCACAGGUGUUCAGUCAACGCCGGAGGGCAUCUGCACACCUGUUAUUUUCCACGCGGACAACAACCCACUAGAAAACCACUCCAUUCAACCCAUACCACAAACCCACCUAGAAAAACCCACUCCAUUCAACCCAUACCACAGAACCCACCUAGAAAAACCCACUCCAUUCAACCCAUACCGCAAAACCCACCUAGAAAAACCCACUCCAUUCAACCCAUACCACAACCCACCUAGAAAAACCCACUCCAUUCAACCCAUACCACAGAACCCACCUAGAAAAACCCACUCCAUUCAACCAUACCACAGAAACCCACCUAGAAAAACCCACUCCAUUCAACCCAUACCACAGAACCCACCUAGAAAAACCCACUCCAUUCAACCCAUACCACAGAACCCACCUAGAAAAACCCACUCCAUUCAACCCAUACCACAGAACCCACCUAGAAAAACCCACUCCAUUCAACCCAUACCACAGAACCCACCUAGAAAAACCCACUCCAUUCAACCCAUACCACAGAACCCACCUAGAAAAACCCACUCCAUUCAACCCAUACCACAGAAACCCACCUAG